UUUAAAACCCCCUUAUUUAUUUUUAGAAUAUAGUUUAACUAAAACUAAAAAUUCUAAAUAAUGUAAGCCACGCGCUAUAGAAUGCGAGUGGUGGAGUUGCCCUGACUUUGCAGGUACAACAAAAGCUACUUAAUGUAAGCAAACUGAACUCUGUGUUGAACAACUUCUUCUCCUUCAGAUCCAAUCCCCAAUCGGUAAUCCCCACUUCCACAAUAUAUAUACCUCCGCCACCAAUCGCCACCACAUCUUUCAAAAAAAAAAAAAAAAGAAAAAAAAAAUAGGUCACACUCAUACUCAUUGAAACCAAAGCGCCGCCGUGUAAUUAGCUGGCGAACAUGGCGUACGAGCAAGAAACGUCGCAGCCAUUCCGGUGGCACUACGCCGAGUUCGACGACAGCAACUUCCAAAUCCGCGGCCGGACACUCUUCUUCAUCUUGGUCCUCUUCUCCGUCAUCAUCCUGGUGGCGCUCCUCUUCCUCUACGCCCGGUGGGUCUGCCGCUCCGGCCCUCCUCCGCCACUAACAACAUCCACUUCCGCCGCCCAUCUUGCCGCCCACGCGCCACCGUCGAGGCUGCGUGGCCUCGACCCAUCUGCGAUUAACAGCCUCCCUAUCGUGCUGCACAGGAUUAAUCCAGCUCCCGGCGGCGGCGGCGGCGGCGGCGAUUACUUCACGGAGGCGGAGUGCUGUAUAUGCCUCGGAAUAUUCGUGGACGGGGAGAAAGUAAAAGUGCUGCCGGAAUGCAACCAUUGUUUUCACUCCGAGUGCGUGGAUAAGUGGCUCACCACUCAGUCCAAUUGCCCGCUUUGUCGUUCCUCUCUCCGAGUCGACUCACCUGUUUGACUCGUCUCCCUUUCUUUUUCUCUUUUUUCUUUUUUUUCUUUUAAAAAUUGUUUUCCCACUCUCUUUUUACCUCCCUCGAAAUGGGGAUAUACUGUUUGACUGUGCAGUUUAUUUGGACUCCUUGGAUACUGUGUCUUGAGGAGGAAUAUCUGACGUGGAAAUUUAUUUACAAUUCUAGGAUAAAAUUAAUUAAUAAUAUUUAUGUAAUUAUGUUUCUCUUCGUGCAUGUUAUAUUAAUGAUUACAUCACAGCCUUAAAGGUAGCACGUACUUGAAUUAUUAAUAAAUUGGUUAACUUAAUUUUGA